AAGAACCAGAGGAGAGAAAAAAGAAGAAGAAAGAAACACUGAAGUGUUAAGCGCAUGGAGGAGGACAACGACUCUGUUGAGCAGAUUUUGGAGCUGCUCUAUGCAGCCGGCUAUCUCGACGCCACAAAUUCCGAUGCACCACCGUUUCAGAAAAUCGCCGGUGGCCUCUCUUGGUGCAUCGCCGCCCUCAACGCCAACGCCAACGCCAACAACAUAAUAGACGAUGAAAACUCACAGUGCAUUGAGGAAUCUUUAAGAUUAGUAGGAUGCCCGCACCCGCUUCGACCCUCCCAUGUUCGAGAUCUUGACACUGAGGCUCUUUUUCCUGUUAUUCAAUGGCUUACGUCACGCCUUUCAUCAACAAAAGAACAUUGUUUCAGUGAGGUUUGUCAAGAGGAUGAGCAUAAAAUUUCGAUAAAGACAUUGAGUGGCAACUUGGAUGAACUGAAUCUCCGGAAGAUGAAUGUUGUGAAACAAUUAGAUCAUCUACGGGAUAGAAUCAACAAGGAGGGUACUGAUUCUGCGGUGCACAAGUUGAUCUCUUUAAUGACGUCUUUGAAGGAUCUAGAAAGGCAGGAAAAACACCUUCAAUUUAGUCGUGAUUCUAAACAUUCAGAACUUCAAGCUGAGAUUAGUGAAUUAGAGAGGAAAGUAGCAAAUGAAUGUGAUUACAAGAGCCUCUCUGAUGGGCUGCAUCAUUCUUCUAGUGAAUUACUUGAAAAACUUGAUUUGAUGAAAAAGCAACUUGCUGCUAGACUGAGGGAUAUUGUGGCAGUAAGACGACAAAUUGAUGACCAACCAUGCCAAUCAGAAAUCAUCCAGUAUGAACACCGGCUCUCAGAACUAUAUACUCAAAUCCAGGGAAAACAUCGACAAACUCGUAAAUACUAUGCUACCUACAAUGCUCUUCUAGAAAUGAAAGAAUUGAUGUUAAAGGAAAUAUCUUUAUUGAAUUCGAUCAUUUCACAGUUUCAAGAGGCCUUCAGUAGCACUGAUGGUCGUAUUAAACUUGUUCAUUCCAUGGAAGGAAUUGUCAAGGGAAGUCAACAGAAGCUAGAAAAGGUUCAAAUAGGGCUUCAAGAAGAAGAGAGAAUUCGCAAUGAUCUUAAGGAUAGGUAUGCUGCAGCAACCGGGGAGCAAAAGCGCUGCUAUUCUCUGUUGAAAGCUUUUCAGUUUUCUUUAAUGGCAGGAAGAACGUGCAAAGAAUGAGAGGUUUCAGUGUCAAAGUUCCAAGUGAAACUCGCUGACAUCUUAGAGGUUGAGUUGCACAAAUUACUGUACCACGGUUAAAACAGUGUGGUUCUGUGUUCAUGCUGUCCUCAAGACAUGUAUUGAACAAGAUCAUCUGCAUGUAAAAACAAAUGCAUGAGGUGCAGUUUUGGAUAUGAUGAUUCAUAUUCGUUGACUACU